GAAUAAAAUAUUUUAUCAAAGUCAAUAUAUAAACUUAAAAAUCGAUACUAUUUCUCCAUCUGUUGGAAUGGAAAAAAAACAGCUCCAAUGUCAAUCGUUAUCACACAAACGAAGUGUUUGUGCGCUACGUUGUCGCUGACGGUAAUAUAUUAAGUGUAUUGAUAAGCACUAUAAAACAGCAAAACAACAGCAAGUGACAGCCGUUAAAACUAUAUAUUUUAAAAUGUCAAAACUGGGUUUUUGUGCGCUUUCGAACAUUAGAAAUCGGUUGGGCUCUCGUAGUUUGCUGUAUCGCCCAAUUUCUACGGAUCAAUCCAAUAAAAUUCAGCAUGAAUCAACAUUUCGACGGACGUUUGCAACCAGCGAUUUAACUGUUCCAAAUAAUGAAUAUAACAAGAAAUAUUUUCCAUUAAUUGGUUGUGUAUUGGCAUGUGGAAUCGGUGGUGCAAUUGCAUAUUAUCUGUAUAAGAACAACAAUGUUGUCCAUUCGCUAAAAGAUACGGAAGUUGUUGGUUCAAUACAAAGUCAUAAAGUGGUUCGCAAGGACUUACCCACUUAUUCGAUGGCCGAUGUUGGCAAGCAUGCAUCGAUGGAAACUGGUGUUUGGGUGACAUUUGGAAUUGGUGUUUAUGACAUUACCAAAUUUAUUCCUGAGCAUCCGGGUAGCGAUAAAAUCAUGAUUGGUGCUGGCAGUUCAAUCGAUCCCUUUUGGCACAUUUACCAACAACACAAUACUCCCGAAAUAUUAAAACUAUUGGAAACAUUUCGUAUUGGUAAUUUAACGCCGGAAGAUGAAUUAGGCACAAAAGAUCUAUCUGAUCCAUGGUCAAAUGAGCCUAAACGACAUUCAGCAUUGAAACCAACAUCACUCAAACCAUUUAACGCUGAACCGCCGUCCACUUUGCUUGUCGAACAUUUCAUCACACCAAAUGAUUUUUUUUAUGUGCGCAAUCAUUUGCCGGUACCAGACAUUGACGCAGAUAGCUACGAGCUUGAAAUCGAAAUUGAGGGCACUGAUAAGACAAAAAUACUCACAUUAAAAGAUGUUGAAUCUCUACCCAAACAUCAUGUUACAGCAGCUAUUAUGUGUGGUGGAAAUAGACGGUCGGAAAUGACUGUUGUGAAACCAGUGAAAGGAUUGUCAUGGGGAAAAGCUGCUGUGGGAAAUGCGCGAUGGUCAGGACCAAAAUUGUGUGAUGUCUUGAGGGAAAUGGGAGUCGAAAGUGAUGAAACACGACAUGUUCAUUUUGAAGGUUUUGACAUGGAUCCAAUGUCAACACAUUAUGCCGCAUCGAUACCGCUCUCCAAAGCAAUGGAUCCACGUGGUGAUGUUAUUUUGGCGUAUGAAAUGAAUGGUCAACCUUUACCUCGCGAUCAUGGUUUCCCACUGAGAGUUGUAUGUCCCGGUGUGGUCGGAGCCAGAAAUGUCAAGUGGCUUAGCAAAAUAACUGUAUCAGAUGUUGAAUCUGACUCACAUUGGCAACAAAAUGAUUAUAAAGGUUUUAGCCCAUCGACCGAUUGGGCGAAUGUGGAUUUUUCUAAAUCGCCUGCGAUCCAAAAUAUGCCAGUAACUUCAGCAAUUUGCUGUCCCGAACCAAAUGAAAAAGUGUCGAUAAACGAAAAUGGAUGCAUAACUGUUAAAGGGUAUGCAUGGUCAGGCGGUGGCAAUAAAAUUGUACGCGUUGAUUUAACUGCGGAUGGUGGCAAGAACUGGAGCACUGCUCAACUAAAACAUGGAUCAAAUGAAAAUGAUGAUCAAUCGAAUUUAAAUGGUCGUAACUGGGCAUGGACGCUAUUUACAGCCGAAAUCAAAGUACCGAAAGGAACGAAAAAUGUGGAAAUAUGGUCAAAAGCCGUCGAUUCAAACUAUAAUGUUCAACCCGAAUCAUUUGAAAACACUUGGAAUCUGAGGGGUGUGCUAAGCCACGCAUAUAGCCGCAUCAAAGUUAAUAUUGAAUAGAAAAAUGUAAGCAAUUGUUGGACAUGUUUAUUCUAUAAAAUGAAAAAGAAAAGAACUGAACAGACCUAGUCUAUUCAAUAAAAAAAUGAAAAUUUUAAACGAAA